AUGGCAUCUUCAAGUGGUUCGCACUCAAGUUCGCAAAAGAAAGCAAAACAACUGGGAAAAUAUUGCGUUGCUGGUGGCCCUGGAAAGGCGAGUUGCAAAAAUAAUUCGCUAUGCACUGGAAUAUCUAUGCAUCUCUUUCCAAAAUCGAACGAAAGGUUGAGAAAUUUGUGGACAAAGUUCGUGCAAAAGCAUCGCCCAGACUGGCAGCCAUCUGCAUAUUCCGCGCUUUGUUCAGCCCAUUUUGAAAGUCAUUGUUUUACUCAACGGCUUGAUAUUGGGUUGGAAAUUGUGAAUAACGCUAAAACAAAACGAUGGCUUAACAAGGAAGCGUAUCCGACCGUCGAUACUGUGGUACCUUCUCAAACAACUUGCGAAAUAUCUGACAGAGAACACCGAAAGGUAAAUUCGCAAAUAUACUCAAUAGCGGUCUAUAUAUUAUCCUCAACGUUCAAUGAUAUUGAGUUCUGUGUUGACUUUUAAUUCUGUGUUGAUGUUAAAAUCUAUGUUGAUAUCGAGAUUUAUUUGAUAUAUUGUUCUUUCACGUUGUUUUAUAUUAGACUUUGAGAGAUACUUUGAAGCCAGACGUUCCUUCGACUUCGACAGCCCUAUUGGUCAACGCAAGCGAUAUUGCAAGUGUCGACCUCCCGGACGAGACAAUCAACACACCUACCACUCCAGAAAACAAGUCGAAAGAUCUGAAUGUAUACAAGGAAAGACUGCGCAAAAGUAAAGAGAGAAAUGCUAGCUUGAGGAAAAAGCUUUUUCAAGAACGUGGUCUCAGGCGAAAGCUGCUCAAGGUAGAGUACAGUCGUGUCAUGUUUCAUGAUAAGUAAACAAUUGUUGAUACAACGAAACAACGCAGUAAUAUAAAAGCGAAGUAUUAGAAAUCUCGUUAGAAAUAUUUCAUUAGGCCUAUUUGUGUUGUUUUGCGUUUUCUAGGAGCUAGAAUCCAAUACCAAAGCGGAAGAGGUGACAAGUGAGGCAAGCCAUAGAACAACUAAGACUGCCGCAGCUAGAAAAGAUGAGAAUGCAGAUCAAGUCCAAGACUAUGACACUGACGAAGAAAGCAUAUGCGAGGAACAAGAUCCAGAUUGGGACAUACUGGAAGCUGGAAAUGAUGGAGAUGACGCAGAAAUCCCAAAUACAAUACCCCAUUCAAGAAACUUAAUAAGGUAUUACAGAAUAUUGCAUAUUGAUUAUGUAUUGGGUGGAAAAAUUCCUUACAUUGUUUCUCUUUUGCACUUGCUAGUUUUGCCAGACAAUUGAGAUACACAGGUCACAAGUAAAACAAUCAAUUUUCAUUUAUUUUUUAUAUAGUUUGCCUUCACAUGUCAAGUGCCAGGACGAGCCCAAAUUCAUAGUGUUCCAUAGCAUGCUGUUGUCUCUAUUUUCCUUGUUCUGCUUUACUUGCAAAAAAGAAAAACCUAAAGUGGACAUGUACCAAAAUGGGACCAUGGUUACUGUUGUCCAACACUGUAGUGCUUGUGGUGUGGAGUCGUUCAAAUGGAGGAGCCAACCCUAUGUUUUUGGACGAUAUCCAGCUGGCAAUCUGUUGCUUUCCUUUGGAAUACUGAUGGCUGGUGCCUCAGUCAGCAAAAUCAUUCUGGUAUUCAAACACAUGGGACUUGCUGUCUACACCUCACGGACCUUCUUCUAUCACCAAAACAAAUUUAUAUUUCCUACCAUCCUAAACCACUGGGAAUCAUAUCAGGCCAAGUUGAUUGAGUCGCUUCAAACUAUCACCGACACAGUGUGGUGUGGAGAUGGUAGGUUUGAUUCGAUGGGUCAUUCUGCAAAAUACGGAGUGUAUACAAUGUUUUGUACCACAAUAAUGAAAAUUGUUCACUUCGAUUUGCUACAAGUAAGUAUGAAAUAUAUUGCAUUUGUAGAAGGAAACUGCAUGUUACUCCCAAGCAAAGCCACAGCGUUUCCACACAAAUGUCACAAUGAAUUGUCAGUUGUUUCCUGUUUUGGCAGAAUGCAAAAAAGAUAUAAAUGUCACUGUUGUUUGACUACACUACAAGAAAAUUGAUUUACAGUGUAUCCAAAUCAGGCUGACCAAAAAUGACACAAUUGCCAGAGCGCCAGUCAUGCCUGCUGAAAUCUGCAGUGUGACUGAGCGUUAGGCUUUACUCUAUAAUUGAUACCUUAGUUUUAAUAAAGCAUGUUCUGUGGCACUUCCAAGUUCAAACUGUUCCAUAUCUGCCCACACACUAGUCAAUGUCAUCAUGUUUAUAUCUUAGUGGUACUGUAAGUCGAAAAGAAACUUAAUCAAAUGAUGGCAGUAAAACAAUUGACAUUUGAAACAUAUUAAUAAUUAGUGAAUGGCCAUCAUUGAACAGUUUGAAGAGGUCUCGGAACAUGUUUUCUUCAAUGAUUAGAUCCCAACAUCAUGAGUCAAUCAAAAUUCUGCAUGUUGCAGGCAAAUCAGACUGGUAACAGUAAUGCAAUGGAAUUGGAAGGGGCAAAGGGUUGCUUUGAUUUCUUGCUGACUGUUGCUGGCUUAACAAUCCCAGUAUUUAUAUCCGAUCGGCACCGCGGGAUCACAAAGUGGAUAAGAGAAUCUCAUCCAGCAAUUCAGCAUUUCUUUGAUCAAUGGCAUAUUGCCAAAGGCAUUGUAAAAAAAAUGGUGGCUGCAAGCAAAGAGAAGGGAUGUGAACAAAUUGGAGAAUGGACAAAAGCAGUGAGGAACCAUGUUUACUGGUGUUCAACAUCUACAGUAAAAGGCUUUGGCAAUAUGAUCCUGGCAAAAUGGAAGUCCUUCAUGCGACAUGUUGCAAAUAAACAUGACCAUCACCCGGACAACUUGUUUCCAAAGUGUGCACAUGAUGAACUUGAAAGUCAACGAAAAUGGAUCAAAAUUGGUAUGGGAACAACUAAAUUAUGUCUACUACUGUAUAUACUGUAUGAGGACAGAGAACAUUAUUGUAUAGCUUGUAAAAUGAGUGUUACAACCCCCCCCCCCCCCAAUCAGCACGACCCUGACAGUAGCACAAUGACAUUUGGGAAUAUCUAUUGUAGGAACCAGGGCUUAUGACAAGUUGCAGGGCAUCAUUAUGAAGAAGUCCUUUUUAAACGGUUUGAAGAAACUCUCUCCUGAUGCACAAACAAGUUCAUUGGAGGGAUUUCACUCCACGCUGAAUCAAUGGCAUCCAAAAAUGAUUUGCUUUUCAUGGCUUGGGACAUAUUGCAGGUACUGUAAUGUUUUUCUAAUAUGUCUCCCCCCCCAAUACAAUAUACUCUAAUUAGAAAAUAGCCUUUUCAGUUGAACCUGAAGUAGAAAUGUUAUUUAGUAUUGUUUUUUUUUAUCUUUACUCUUUAGGCACAUACUUGCUACCCUCCACUUCAAUGAGAAUGUGAACCGGACUACAAAAACAACAAGAGAUGGCAAGAACUAUGUUAGCGUGACAUACCCAAAAUUUAAAUUUGGGGAGGAAGUUGUGCGAAAUAUCCCUGUACCGCCAACAUAUGGUAUGUUGGAUGUAAAAAUUUCUGUCUUGUUAACCCAUAAAGCCCCCAACUUUGUCUUUUUUACUCUAACUGUAACACUAGACAAUUUUACUUGUAAAGGCAUUACUUUAGGCAUUAUCUUGUAAUCUUGGUCAUAUGGGCUAAUUACAAAUUUGAAACCAGAAUUUUUUCAAGUCUGAAUUGUGAACAUAUUGUACUGAAUAACAUUGAUCAAACAAUGACUAAUCAGACUAUCUGUUUUUGUCACAUGACAAUUAAUCCAAUACCUUUCAAACACAGUAUGCUCUAAUUUGUUAUUUCUCUUAUGUUUUACUUUAUAGGCUAUGUAGAAGAUAUGAGGGAGGUUAUGUUUAAUACCUCUGAAGAUGACCUAGACAAGAUCAAGAAGAAGUACAAGAGAAAGGUCCCUGAACCGUUAAACAGUACAUUCACAAAUAAAACUCCUCGGGACGAUGCUAUCACAAGGAAUAGUGCUCGGAAACGAAAAGUAGCAGAAUUGUUCCCAUCAGGUAUUCAAUUUUCUCUUAUUAAUUAAAAUGCACUAACACCCUGCCAAUACAUAUACUAAAUCCAAUUCAAAUUUGCAGGUGAAAUACAAACUGAGGAGAUGGCAAAAGAGAAGCAGGCACAACAACAACCAAAACAAAAAAAAACAAGAUGCUGUAAAAAGUGCAAGCAACCGAUGAAAGGUCAUCCUCGGUCUCACUGCCCUGAUGCAGCAACUGCACCCCCAGACAGUAACGAAUGA